GCCCUGCAGCCGGAAGUGAAGCGAGGCCGUCGCUUGUCCCCGCGGCCGGAGGCGGCCGGAGGCUGGCCGCGGGUCGCGCUACGGUGGUGUCACAGCGUUCGCGGUUUUCGUAUGAAUGGAUGUCACCAGAAUCUUCCUACAAGAGUUUAAGUUGUUUGUGAACUCACCCUAAACAUGAGUGGCUCCAAACCUGAUAUUCUUUGGGCCCCGCACCAUGUCGACCGCUUUGUUGUGUGUGACUCAGAAUUGAGCCUUUAUCACAUUGAAUCUGCUGUAAGUUCAGAACUCAAGGCAGGAUCCUUGCGUUUAUCAGAAGAAACUACAGCCACGCUCUUGUCAAUAAAUUCAGAUACACCGUAUUUGAAAUGUGUGGCUUGGUAUCCCAAGUAUGAUCCUGAGUGUCUUCUUGCUGUUGGACAGGCCAAUGGCCGAGUGGUGCUUACGAGCCUUGGUCAAGAUCACAACUCAAAAUCUAAAGAUUUGAUAGGGAAAGAGUUUGUUCCCAAGCACGCACGGCAGUGCAACACCCUAGCAUGGAACCCACUAGAUAGUAAUUGGCUUGCUGCUGGAUUAGAUAAACAUCGGGCUGACUUUUCAGUAUUGAUCUGGGACAUCAGUAGCAAGUAUGCUCCAGAGACUGCAGUUGCUACAGAGAAAGUGAGACUUUCAACAGGAGAUCCAGAAGCAGGACUGGUGGUUACAAAGCCACUUUAUGAAUUAGGGCAGAACGAUGCUUGUCUCUCCCUUUGUUGGCUUCCACGGGAUCAGAAGCUUCUUUUAGCUGGAAUGCAUCGCAAUCUGGCUAUCUUUGAUCUGAGGAAUACAAGCCAAAAAAUAUUUGUAAAUACCAAGGCUGUCCAAGGAGUGACUGUUGAUCCGUAUUUCCAUGAUCGUGUAGCUUCCUUCUAUGAAGGCCAAGUUGCCAUAUGGGAUUUAAGAAAGUUUGAAAAGCCUGUUCUGACCUUGACAGAGCAACCAAAACCUUUAACAAAAGUCGCGUGGUGUCCAACAAGAACUGGGCUGUUAGCAACUUUAACAAGGGACAGUAAUAUCAUUAGGCUGUAUGACAUGCAGCAUACUCCCACGCCUAUUGGAGAUGAAACUGAGCCUACAAUAAUUGAAAGAAGCGUCCAACCGUGUGAAAACUACAUUGCUUCGUUUGCCUGGCAUCCCACAAGUCAAAAUCGAAUGGUGGUAGUGACUCCCAAUAGAACUAUGUCUGACUUCACGGUUUUUGAGAGAAUUUCUCUUGCUUGGAGUCCAGUGACGUCCUUAAUGUGGGCUUGUGGACGACAUUUAUAUGAGUGUACAGAAGAAGGAAAGGCCAGCUCCUUGGAAAAGGAUAUAGCGACCAAAAUGCGGCUCCGAGCUUUAUCAAGGUAUGGUCUUGAUACUGAACAAGUUUGGAGAAAUCACCUCCUAGCUGGAAAUGAAGAUCCUCAGCUGAAAUCACUUUGGUACACUCUGCACUUUAUGAAGCAGUAUACUGAAGAUAUGGAUCAAAAACUUACAGGAAACAAAGGUCCCCUAGUUUAUGCUGGCAUUAAGUCAAUUGUGAAGUCAUCUUUGGGAACAACAGAGAACCUCAGGCACAGCAGGAGUGGAUCUGAUAGACAGGCAGAUAUUAUUCAGUAUCUGAGCGAGGAGAGAUCCUUGGCUUUGCAGCUCUGUGGGUGGAUAAAGAAGGGAAUAGACUUAGAUGUGGAACCUUUUUUAAAUUCAUUGGAACAAGAAGGAGACUGGGAGCGAGCUGCUGCUGUAGCACUAUUCAAUUUGGACAUACGGCGGGCAAUACAAAUUCUAAAUAAAGGUGCUUCCUCAGGAAAAGGUGAUCUGAACCUUAAUGUCGUAGCAAUGGCUCUGUCAGGCUAUACAGAUGAGAAGAACUCACUUUGGAGAGAAAUGUGCAGUACUUUAAGACUGCAACUGAACAAUCCCUACCUGUGUGCUAUGUUUGCUUUUCUGACAAGUGAGUCUGGUUCAUAUGACGGUGUUUUGUAUGAAAAUAAUGUGGCAGUACGAGACAGAGUGGCAUUUGCUUGCAAGUUCCUCAAUGAUGCUCAGCUGAACAGAUUUAUUGAGAAGCUGACAAAUGAAAUGAAGGAUGCUGGGAAUUUGGAAGGAAUACUGUUGACGGGGCUGACAAAAGAUGGUGUGGACUUGAUGGAAAGUUAUGUUGACAGAACUGGCGAUGUCCAGACAGCAAGCUAUUGCAUGUUACAGGGUUCUCCAUCAGAAGUACUUAAGGAUGAGAGGGUUCAGUACUGGAUUGAGAACUAUAGGAAUCUUUUAGAUGCUUGGAGGUUUUGGCAUAAACGUGCAGAAUUUGAUAUCCACAGAAGUAAGCUGGAUCCCAGUUCAAAACCUUUAGCUCAGGUGUUUGUGAGUUGCAAUUUCUGUGGAAAAUCCAUCUCUUACAGCUGUUCAGCCAUUCCUCAUCAGGGGCGAGGUUUCAGCCAGUAUGGGGUUAGUGGUUCACCAACUAAGUCAAAAGUUACCAGCUGCCCUGGUUGUCGUAAGCCACUUCCUCGCUGUGCACUUUGCUUGAUAAAUAUGGGAACUCCAGUUUCCAGUUGUCCAGGAGGAUCCAAGUCGGAUGAAAAAGUGGAUCUCAGCAAAGACAAGAAGUUAGCCCAGUUCAACAACUGGUUUACUUGGUGUCACAACUGUAGGCAUGGUGGACAUGCUGGGCAUAUGCUCAGUUGGUUCAGGGACCAUACUGAGUGUCCUGUGUCUGCCUGUUCGUGUAAGUGUAUGCAGCUGGAUACAACAGGGAAUCUCAUUCCAGCAGAGACUGUUCAGGCGUAAAUAUUCUUUGAAAAUGUGAGGAUCUCUAAUGGAUGUCCAUUAUAGUCCAGGCAUACAUUUUAGACAGAGGUCAUCUGUGACUUACUGACUGUGAAAAAAUAAAUUGCUACCAGAUUAGUAAAAUGAUGUGUGUAUGACUGUGCAUGGUAGAAACUGAUAAUCUGGAAAUAAGCCUCUGGAUAUAUCGGGUGGGCCUCAUUCAGUGGAUUUAAGCAGUUCAGAGGCCAGGAGGCUUUGUUGAAAUUCAAAGGAUUUUAACAAAUUGUUCAGGGUAAAGCUUAUGGGCCCUUUUAUCAGUUUUCCAAAUAAAGCAGUGUUUAUCUGUUGUGCUCAGUGAAAGUAAACCUUCAAAGCGAAUGGCUAAAAGGUGUUCUUUAGAGGAUGGCAGGAUGAUGCUGUGGUGUCCUUUCACUGAUGGAUCACGCUUCUUUGAAUGCAGUCGCUUCCUUGUAAGCCAAUUAAGAGUGUCACUGUUAAUUAUAUUUUAAAUAUUUUUAUUUUACAGGAAAAUGUAUUUCUUUUUUUUUCUCAACUUCUGUUAACAGUAAAGCAAUACGUUUGCAAUUUGAGAGCUUAUUUAACGUAGCUGUGUCACCUAGCUGAUGUGAAUUAUAAUGCUAAGGAGUCUGGGGAGAUUAUCCUAGACAAGAGUUCCCUGAAAAGUCAUGUGUCAGUUUCAUUGCAGAGUGCGGACGAACUAUCAGAAGUGUGAUACGACUGUUUUAUUUUUAACAUAAUACUGUGAAGAUCUGAAGUCUCAAGAACUGGAGACUUGUAAAUAUUUCAGGUUUAAACUACAUACUGAGUUUUGACUACAAGGAUUUUGAAUAUAUGGGACUUUUGGAUAAUUGGGAUUUGCUGGCACUUCUGAAAUACGCUGGGAAGUGUGAAGUCAACCUCUUUAAAUCCUGCUUCACGUCACUGCUGGACACCAGUCUGCUCCUAAAGACUGCACAGUUUUAUGUCAUUGACUACAAGUGGUAAAUUAUAUGUUACCAGCUGGAAUUAAGUGUAUUUAUUAACUUGAGAGUCAAUGAUAUUCUGCUAAUACUGUGCUAGGAGCUAAUCAGUAUUGUUGUCCUUGAUUUUGUAGGCAACAAAAUUCAUAUUAGGGGAAAAAAAACACCUGUUUUAAGGUAUGUGAGAAUAACAUCAGUUUACUUGGUGUGUGUUUAUUUACUAUUAGAAACAGUAUAUGAGUUAAUACUUGCGUGCUAUGAAAUACUAAAUGGAAUGCUAGCAAUAAACUGGUACCAUAUUGCCAGGACUGUGAAAUUUGUUGUUUUAAAAAAGAAUAUAUUGUAACAUACCACGGGUUCUAAGUGCUCUAAUGUAGUUGCAACAAGAUAGAAAGUAGAAACAUUGUCUGUUGGUGUACAUGACUACAUUUGGGAUUUCUGGUCAUAUUUUCUGAUCAAUGCUGUACUACAUCUGCUACACUUAUUCUGAUGUAAAAUUCUUGCCUAAUUGACAAAGAUAUAAAGUUAAAAUCGAAGAGGUACUUAAUAUUUGUAGUCAGACUAUCAUGGGGAAGCAGUCAAUGUGUUUUUUUUUCUUGUUGGAAUAUUUAUUUCUCUUUCUAGUAUUUUUGCACACUUUAUGUUGCUGUUGAAGCGCUCUUUAGAAUGUUCUCCAUUAAUAAAUGUAAACUGGGGUUUGAUGUAUGAUACCCUAUUUAUAUAAACACGGGCAAUAACACUUUUGCUUUUACGGAAGUGAGGAUUUGUAAGUGCAAAGGAUAUAUUUUUAUUCCUCUGUAGUACCAUUGAUCAGUACGUUUUCAUGAUAAAUUCCACGUCCAGGAAUGCAACUGCUUACAAAUAUCCCAUUUCCUUAUGUAAAAAAAAAAAGAAGUCUCCAUUUUUUUGACUUGACUAUACCUAUUUGUUUCACUUUCUAUCAUUUCAUUAAAUAAGUUGCUUACUUUGAUGUUCAGCAUGUCUUUGAAAUGCUUUAGGUUAUGAAUUUGUACAUAUUCUGGUCCAGUGUAAGUACCAACUUUUGCUGUUGUAAUUGGUAUUCAAGCUUUCAGACCAAUAAUUACACUAUUUCUAAAAACUUA